AUGCUAGGACCGUUUGACCGUCGAUGGAAGCGAUCCCGCUGCCAGCGGUGUGCAAGGAGCCAUCUAAAGGUACGACAAAAACCGAUGAGACAUCCGAUACCUAUUGAUGAGCUUCCUAUUCGGGCUGCGUUGCCGCGACGCCACGCCACCACUAAGGGUACACUGUGCAUAUACGCCGCCGCCACUACCACUGAUGCGCCAAUCAUUAUUCUCACUCCCAGCAGCCGGCCUGGCCACACGGCUACGUCGUCGGUGGUCCGGCGGAAGGCGGCAGCUCCCCGGCCCGGCCCCGCCCUGGACGAUGCGCGGUACUUUUACUACUUUGACGUGUUUGCGCAGCGCAACAGCUUCACGGGCAAGAACCACUCCUUUACAAUGGAUGUGCGCCAAAUGGCAGAACUGCAGACAGUGCCGUAUUUUCUCAACUCGAUACGUGCGCUCGGGGCUAUUCAGGCGUCCAGGCUGACACCACCCAAGAGCCGUCAUGCGGGUGACGCUUACACGAGCUACACGCUCUACUCGAAAGCCGUUGUGGGAUUAAGAAAGAGCCUCGAUGAACGAGAGGGAAAAAUGGCCGAUUCUAGUCGAACGGCGUUGUUAUGGACGACUCUCUUCCUCGGCAUGUUCGAACUCAUGUCGGAUACGAGCGGAAUGGGAUGGCUGCAGCACAUGGUGCACGGCACCGCCAAGGGCCUAGCGGCUUCAGGGCCGUCCAUAUGCGCGACGCCGGCCGGGGCGCGCAUGUUCCUGCAGGCCAAAAUGUUUGAGGUGUGCAGGACGAUUGUGUUCAACGACCAGUCGUUCCUGACGCGGCCCGAGUGGCGCAAGGCUUCAGAGCAGCUGUGGACCAACGGUAGCUUCUCGGCCGAGUGGCGGCCGCUGGACGCGCUGGUGGACUUGAUGCUCCUGUGUCCUGAUCUACGAUACAGAGCAAACCGAUUCUGCCAAGGCGAGGAUGACAACCCUAGCAUAGGAGUGCCGGACGAAGCACGUGACAUUGCCAGCGCAGGCAUGGCGCUGCGGGAAGCGCUGACGGCAUGGCACGACGCCCAUCUGGCGCGGGACGAGGAAGGCACCGCUGCCGCGACGGGCGAGGACGAGUGCGGCCUGUUGACCAGGCUCUUCUGGUCGGCCAUUAGCAUCUACCUCUCGGGCGAGUUCGACUACGAGAUGCACCAUUGGCGGCGCUUCGGGCUGGCAGUGCCGACGCUCGACGCGGAGACGGUUCGGCGCCAUGUCGAGACCAUCCUGGCGCUUGGCGAGCGCGCGCUCGAGAGAAGUAGCCUGUCGCCGCUGCUGCUGCUGUUUCCGCUGCGCAUUGCGGGCGCGCGCUCGGCGUGGGCUCCCCCGGCACAGCGCGCGCGCGUGCUGCGUGUCCUGGACUCCAUCGCAGACCGGUUCGCCGUCGGCCAGGCAAUACGUGAUGGAUUGACAGAUGCUUGGGUCUGCUUGGGUGUGGUGGACAUCUGA